AUGACUGAGAAAUAUGAUAUGGCAUUGCUCCAAACAAUACCAAUAAAGCUGAAGGAUCAAGGUAAGUUUACCAUCUCUUGCAUUAUUGGUGGGGUAGAUUUCCCACAUGCUCUAUGUGAUUUAGGGUUGAGUAUCAAUUUAAUUCCUCUUAAUAAGGUGAAAGAAUUAAAUUUGACAGAGAUUAUACCUAGUAAUAUAACUCACACCUUAGCUGAUUUAUCUGUUACCCAUUCUUAUGGUGUUUUACAAGAUGUGUUAGCACAUGUCGAUGGUCUAUUUUUUCCUGUAUAUUUUGUGGUAGUAGAUAUGAAGGGAGACACGGGCAGUUCAGUUAUUAUCGGAUGCCCAUUAUUGGCGACCGGGAAAGCAUUAAUAUAUUUGAAAAUAGGCGGACAUAGCUUGAAGUUUAAUAAUGAAAAAAUGGUGUUUAAUGCUUAUGAAUGGACACCAUAUGCAGAUGACCUGGAAACAUGCUACCAGAUUGAAAACAAAGCUAUCAAGGACGACAAAGGAAGGAAUAAAGGACAAUUAUCCAGCGUGAGUGUAUCCCUUGCGCCUAAUGUGCCUUAG